AUGGCUGAUCGCGCAACGACUAAGAUGACUCAGACUAGCAUCGACGAUGUUGUCCGCAAAUUCCAAAAUUUGACCCAAGAAUGGAAUAAAAAGAAGCACGAUCUUGAUUUGGUCGAAGAAAAGCUUAAAAAUCUUACACUUGACCUUACUAAUUUUCAAUAUCUUCCUUCCCGCGACAGCCAGGCAUCUCGUAGAGAGCUGCUCAUCGCAAGAGAUACCUUGGAAAUUGGGGCUAGUUGGUCAUUAGAAAAAAAAGAUAUACUUUCCUUUGAAAGAUAUAUGUCUCAGCUUAAGUGCUACUACUGUGAUUACAAAGGUAACUUACCCGAGUCUCCCUAUAAGUAUGAGCUCCUUGGACUUAAUUUGCUUCGCUUACUUGCACAAGGCCGCCUCGCUGAUUUUCAUAAGGAACUUGAACGCCUGUCUAAUGAUGAGAUUAAUUCUAACAUUUACAUUAAACAUCCUGUCUCAAUGGAACAAUAUUUGAUGGAGGGCAGCUUCCACAAAGUUUUUCUUUCUAAAGGCAAUGUCCCUUCUGAAAGAUAUAACUUCUUCAUUGAUAUACUCCUUAAUACGACUCGCGAUGAAAUAUCUUCUUGUAUUGAAGCUGCGUAUGAGCGACUCGAGCUUAAGGAAGCUGCCAGGACUUUAUUUUUCGCUGACGUUAACUCUAUGAAAGAGUACAGCAAAAACAAAGGAUGGGUUCUUGACGAGUCCGGAUUUUACACUUUUGUCAAGAACAAAAAGGGUCUGGAUAACAAUCAAGUUCCUUCCAGCGAUGUCGCGAAGAUUAUGCUAGAAUAUACACGGGAACUUGAUCAAAUCAUUUAA